AUGAAGGUUACUGGAAUCAGAAUUGCUGAAAUAAAAAACCAUUCUGCUAUCACAGAGAUUAUUUUACUGGGUCUUACUGAUUCCCCUAAACUGCAGGUACUUCUCUUCUGGGUGUUUGCCUUCAUCUAUGCUGCAGCUCUAACAGCUAACCUCCUCCUUAUCUUUUUCAUAUCUACUUUCAAGAAACUCCACACACCCAUGUACUUCCUCAUAUUCAAUUUGUCCUUACUGAAUAUAUUAUCUGUCUCAGUCACAAUUCCUAGGUUACUCCAAAGUCUCUGGACCUAUAGAAAAAUAAUUUCAUUUCCUGGCUGCAUCACACAAAUAUUUUUCAUUAUAUGGGCAUUGGGGUCAGAAUUGGUCCUUCUCUCAUUUAUGGCUUUUGAUCGCUAUGCUGCCAUUUGUCAUCCUUUGCAUUACACCGUUAUCAUGAGGAAAGAAGUAUGUGUUGGCAUUGCAAUCUUUGUAUGGAUUACUGGAAUGAUAAAUACUGCUAUAAAUACUGGAGUUCUCCUGCAACUUUCUUUUUGUGAUUCCAAUGUUAUAAAUCAUUUCUAUUGUGAUAUCCCUACAGUAUUACAUCUUUCAUGUUCAGACACUAGCAUAAAUGAAUUUAUGACAAAGGUUGCAGAUGUGUUUUAUGGCAUGUGUACCUGUGGGUUGACUCUAACUUCCUAUUUUUUUAUACUGAGGACUAUCUUCAGAAUCCGUUCUACUGAAGGGAAGAAGAAAGCAUUCUCUACAUGUUCCUCACAUCUCUUUGUAAUCAGUUUUUAUUUUUCUGCAAUCAUCUAUACCUACAUGAGACCAUCUUCUGUCUAUUUCUUAGAUAAGGACAAGCUUGUGUCACUUAUUUAUUCAGUAGUAACUCCAGUUAUCAAUCCACUCAUAUAUUCUUUGAGAAACAAAGAUGUUAAAGAAGCAAUGAAAAUGUUCACUGGUAGUCUCAGGGUUCUUCCAAGAUCUUAA